UUGACUAUCUGCACAGCAAAACAGACAGAGGCUUUAAGCAGAGGGAGGAAACUGACGAGAUUUUCAAUACGCAUUACUUUGCUCACUUAUAUACUUGCAGACUUUCCAGGACUUAAGCAGGGCGGUUGGGAUGAGCGAGUACACAGUUAACAGAACUCCCACCCACUGUCAUUUGCAACCUGUCAGAUAGAGGAGCCACCACUCAUGGACCAGCACUGGAAGGGGAUGUGUGUAGUUUCAUGAAGACACUUGAAUAAAGACUUACAACAUAUUUCAAAGACAGGAUCAACUCCCAAUGGAGGCAGCCUCCAUUUGCCCUCUAAUUCAAGCCUUCUUGUGACAUAAUCUGUGUAAGGAGAAGUGACCUCCUGUACCGCUGUUUGUCUCCAGCAAUUUCCUUGGGUAUCCCCACAGACACAAGACUUGACAGCUCUUCCGGAUGCAUUUGUCAAUGGAUACCUUGGGAAUGGUAGAGGACGGCUGCCUGUCCCCAGAGCACUACCAUGACCUAGUAAAGGGAGGAGGGUCUGGUGGAGGAGGCAGAGUCCACAGCAUCGAUGUGAUCCUGGGGUUCAGUAAGGACCAGGACCCCCUGCUAACCCCUGUGGGUGACCAGGGUGCCCAUAAAGUGGACUCAGAGGGCCUGGAGGGCCAGGGGAAACAGGUCCGGUCAGACACCUAUGGACACCUAGCUGGCCUAGGAGACAACACACAACACCCUGCCUUCCAUGAGUCAGGCCUUUUCCCUGGGGAGAAGUGUGAUGGGGACCUGUCUGACCUCCAGAAAGGGGUGGACAGUGACAGGGGGAAUUCCCCAGAACCCCAAGAGGACGACCACCCCAAGAAGAAGCACCGCCGGAACCGCACCACUUUCACCACUUACCAGCUCCAUGAGCUGGAGAGGGCCUUUGAGAAGUCCCACUACCCUGACGUGUACAGCCGGGAGGAGCUGGCCAUGAAGGUCAACCUCCCAGAGGUCCGUGUCCAGGUAUGGUUCCAGAACCGUCGGGCUAAGUGGCGACGUCAGGAGAAGGUGGACUCUAGCUCCAUGAAGCUCCACGACUCCCCCAUGCUGUCCUUCAACCGCCCGCCUAUGCCUUCCAAUGUGGGACCCAUGUCCAACCCUCUUCCCCUGGACCCUUGGCUGGCCUCCCCCAUGUCCAGCACCACCCCAAUGCACACUCUCCCAGGCUACAUGGGCCCGGGGCAGGGCCCUCACCUCCAGCCUGCGUACCCCAGCCACUCACACAGCCACGGCUUCCUCAACAGCGCCCCAGUACAUGGCAUGGUGCACCAGGGGAUGGUUCAGGGAAUGCAGAGCAUGCAGUCAAUGGCCCCGCCUCCCUACCAGUGUCCUCCCAGCUUCAACGACAAGUACCCGAUGCACGAGGAGGUAGAACGGAGCUCCAGCAUUGCAGCGCUGAGGAUGAAGGCUAAGGAGCACAUCCAGUCCAUGGAUAAAACCUGGCAGCACAUGUAACUGGAAGGACCGGUUCAGUUUCAGCGAGUGAUCCCUAGACAAAGACGUUGAUGUGUUAUGGGUGAUGACAAUUUGUAAAAAAAAAAAAAAAGUUAUCUUUCUUGAUUUAAAAUGUUGCUGGAGAUGAUACUGUUUGGCGCCCUUGAGUGACUGGUAAAGAUUCUGAGCUUGUUGACUGACUGGUAAAGACAGAAUUGAGUGACAAGCCUCAAUAUCUAUUUAUAUUCCGGAUGCUCGUCCUGUCAUAGUCUGCCAAAAUGUCGCUAGUUAGUAUCCAAUCAGUGCAAAGGAACCGGAGAGACAUUUAACACUGUUGAUUUCCAUAUUAGGGUUUUUUCUUGACCAUGUGGCCAGUCUAGGAACAACUCCUGAUGAGACAACAUGAGGCCACCUGGAAGGCAGGCCCCUAUGUCUUGUGUUAUCAGUCAGCCUGCUAGUUCAUGCAGACCAACAUACCUCUUUAAUUUUUCUGUUCAUGUAUUCACCACCCGGGUUGGGGUCAAUACCAAAUUAAAAUAAUGUCUCUAUGUUAAAUAUCUCUUAGAGAAGCGUUAAGGAAAACCGGAAUAGAGAUUCCACUUCCUGCAUUGAUGAUAAAAUCCAACGCUGUACACAUUCACACUAAGGCAGCCAGUCACUGUAAACUCUUCCAAUUCAUCCCUCUUAGGAUGUGUUCAUUCUUGAUGUAUGUGUGGCACAAUAUGUAUGACAGGGGAGUGGACUAAGUGUUAGGGAGAAAAACGAUAUUCGCUCCUGCUCUGUGAUGGUCUGUUUUUCACUGCGACAGCAGGAGUUUCUGUAGAGCCCAAGACAGUUCAAAAGAGGGCUCCUCCUAUGUGUUAUAGCUGUUUGGACAACAUUCUGGAGUUACAUUAUAUGUGUGUGUGUGUGUGUGUGUGUGUGUGUGUGUUGUCGCAGAAGGACAGGCAGCCUGCCUGAUGUAACACUUCAGUGGCUCGACAUUCAUUGUUUAGGGCUAUUGAUCUCUGGUCUUUGUCUGAGGCUUCUAGAACCAAACGGUCAGAGAGGUUCAGAGCCUUGAAUUACCAAUGGGCAAAACAUCUACAAGGUUCAAGUCAAUUAAAACGGGAAGACAGGAAGUGAUUUGACUUUAAAAUGCAAAACUAUGAAAAACACUUGAUAAAAUAGCUUUAACUUUUCAGUUAAUGGGGAGUCUGUGAAAACAUGAAUCUGUGCAAGUAUUUUCUGUUAAUGGAUAGCUGUUCCAGUUUACUUCCAGAACUGACUGCCUUCUGUUUGAAUUGACAGCAAGCCUGCGACAGAAAUCCUGAUGAAAGCAGAUUGCAGUUGAAACAUUGGUUAACUAUUAUUUAAUGUAUUGGUUUGGAAGUACAGCGUGGAUGGAAUCUUGACAUGGAAACAGAAACACGAUUGACAUCCUUUCAUUAUAUAUUGGAGUGAUGGGAAGAAAACAAACCUUGGACAUCCAUUGGAUACUUCUUGAUAUUUCACAAAAAAGUGCAUUUUCUUUUUGUGGACAAAAAGCCAAAGAACAGAAAAAACUAUUCUGUGAUUGUGUGUUUUAUUUUAAUCUGGAAACGAAAACGGAAAUCAAUUAAACCUAAUUACUAAAAACCAGUGUCUAAUCCACAAACGUGUCCCCUUUUGACCAUUUGUGAUGCAGUUUCACCUCUGUUAUACCUUCUAUUCAUUUAUUGAAAUUUCUACAUAAUUUUUGGUGUCUUUAGAUUUUAGGCUCUAGGUUUAAUGUCCCAUGUUCUUUGUAAUAAAGAUAUGCUUAAAACACUUGGAAAA